GUGUGUGUAGGAGAGGCGGUGUGAGCACACACCGUCCCUGGUAGCGCUGGUACUCCGCCUGGGCUGCCAUGCUGUAUGGGACCCUGCUCUGCUCCUCGCACCCUUCCGCACCUUGUGCCCCCCAGCCCUAGGGAGCAAGUCACGCAGCGGAGCCCCCGCACAUCGACAUGAAGGGCACCGGAGGAUGGAGCUGCCACACCGCCAGGGCGCAAGUGCUGAGACUGGGCAGGAGGAAGAGAAGGGACAGGAUGGUACCAGUAGGGGCAUUCAUCUGUGCCCUCCUGUUCGCCGCCUGGUGCCUGGCCGGACUUCUGCAGGGGCCAGGGCGAGGACUAUCGGAGAGAAAUCCAACUGCUGCGCAGGAUGCACUCGCAUGGCGGAACCGCAGGCUGAUGGCGUCAGAAAACAGAUCGCAGGAGAAGAACUGCACUGAGCCAGCAAUUAUUGAGUUUCCGGAUGACCUGUUCAGCAUCAGCGAGCGGCAGCAAGGCGCCGUACUGCUUCACAUCUUCUGCGCGCUGUACAUGUUCUACGCUUUGGCCAUUGUGUGCGAUGACUUCUUUGUCCCGUCUCUGGAGAAAAUCUGCGAGAGGCUUCACCUGAGCGAGGACGUGGCUGGGGCGACGUUCAUGGCGGCAGGGAGCUCGACUCCGGAAUUAUUUGCCUCCGUGGUAGGAGUAUUUAUCACCCACGGUGAUGUAGGUGUUGGGACCAUUGUUGGUUCGGCUGUUUUCAAUAUUCUCUGUAUAAUUGGAGUGUGCGGCAUUUUUGCUGGACAGGUUGUCCACUUGACGUGGUGGUCUUUAUUCCGUGACUCCAUGUACUACAUCCUAGCAAUAAUAGCGCUAAUUAUAUUUAUUUAUGAUGAAGUCAUAGUCUGGUGGGAGAGUCUUAUCCUAAUAAUUAUGUAUCUCUUUUACAUUCUUAUCAUGAAAUACAACUCUAAGAUGCAGCGCUUGUUCACCAUAAAGCGGAAGAACCUGGGGAACGGCUGCACGGUCGGCAACGAGCUGCAGGAUGGUAAUGUGUAUUGUGACUCUGUGUGCGACGACCCCUCCGUACCCCUCCUGUGGAAAGUGAAGACAGACCAGCAUUUAUACACCCAAAAUUCUGUGGUGAUGGUGGAUGAGAUCAUCUGUUCCAGCCCUCCCAAAUACCGUUUUCCAGAAGCUGGGUUACGGAUCAUGAUCACCAACAAAUUCCCACCACGAACGCGGCUACGUAUGGCAAGCCGGCUGAUCAUUAACGAGAGGCAGCGACUCCUCCACUCUGCAAAUGGCGUGAGCUCCAUGACACUGGAUGGCAAGCAGGAACUGCUGGAGAACGGUCUGUUACAUGGAGACAAGGAUGAAUAUCCAGAAGGGGCUGAUGCCACGACCUACCUGGUGCCCUUCUCAGUGCCCAGUGGCUGUGUGAACCAGUUCAAGUGGGCGUUUUCCUGGCCAUUAAUCUGUAUCCUGUACUUCACCGUUCCGAACUGCAGCAAGCCGCGCUGGGAGAACUUCUUCAUGUUAACAUUCGCGCUUUCCACCGUAUGGAUUGCCAUCUUCUCUUACUUCAUGGUCUGGAUGGUGACGGUUAUAGGGUACACCCUGGGAAUACCAGAUGUCAUCAUGGGAAUCACUUUCCUAGCUGCAGGCACCAGUGUCCCGGAUUGUAUGGCCAGUCUCAUUGUGGCUAGACAAGGUCUUGGAGACAUGGCGGUGUCCAAUACAAUAGGAAGUAACGUCUUUGACAUUCUGGUUGGACUCGGGGUGCCUUGGGGACUGCAGACUAUGGUCAUUCACUACGGAUCAACCGUGAAGAUUAACAGCAAAGGAAUUGUCUACUCAGUAAUACUCCUGUUGGGAUCUGUGGCCCUCACUGUAAGUAUUGACGAUCACGUCAACUGGAAACUGGACAAGAGGCUGGGCUACUACGCGCUCUUCCUGUACGCCAUCUUCCUGUGCUUCUCCGUCCUCAUCGAAUACAACGUCUUCACCUUCAUCAACUUGCCAAUGUGUCGGGAUGACUUUUGACCGGCGC